CGACCACCCCGAAAGCGACCACCACCAACCUCUCAAGUGCAAUCGCACAAAGCGUAACUGCCGAACCAAGCCGCAACGAGGGGUUUAGGACCGCACGACCGCUACAAUGUCCUCCCAGCCUCUUCUCCAGACCUCCCAGGGCAAGCGCAUUGCGCUCCCGACUCGCGUCGAGCCAAAGGUCUUCUUCGCCAACGAGCGAACUUUCCUGUCGUGGCUUAACUUCACUGUCGUUCUCGGCGCCCUCGCCAUCGGCAUGCUUAACUUUGGCGACCGCCCGGCCUUCAUCUCCGCAUUUCUCUUCACCGGCGUCGCCAUGUUGACCAUGAUAUAUGCGCUGGUCACCUACCACUGGCGAGCAAAGUCUAUAAGGAUGAGGGGCCAGGCGGGCUUCGACGACCGCUUCGGCCCAACGGUUCUGGCCAUCAUUUUACUGUUGGCCGUCGUUGUCAACUUUGUGCUGAGGAUCAUCGACCGAUCCAAGAAGGAGAGCAACGGCGAGCUGUAAGUGUCUGGCCCACGGUCAUGUAGCGGACAGGCCGGCAAAGCUGCAAGGACGUUGGAUCAUCUAAAUUGUGUCCUAAUCUUGGAGGAUUAUUCUUGGUGACAAGGCUUGGUUUUCUCUGGCGUUUCCGAUGGUUGCAUUUGGGCAAGGUAGCGUCA